CUGCCAUUCUCCGCCCGCGUCCCCGAGCCGCGGAUGGGCGAGGAGCAGCGGAGGUGCCGCGGCUGUGGGGUCGGGUGACGCAAAGCUUGCUGCAGACGUGUGGCCUUGAAGAGACAAGAGAUAAUUGAUGCCAUUAUGUGUGCGUCAGCCAAAUAUAACACCCGGGGUCCAGCCCUCAUCCCAAGAAUGAAAACCAAGCAUCGCAUUUACUACAUCACUCUCUUUUCCAUAGUUCUGCUUGGCCUAAUUGCCACAGGAGUGUUCCAGUUCUGGCCUCACUCCAUCGAGUCGUCCAGUGACUGGACUGUUGAAAAACGCAGUGUCCACGAUGUGCCUGUGGUCAAGCUUCCUGCUGACAGCCCCAUUCCUGAGCGGGGAGACCUCAGCUGCCGGAUGCACACCUGCUUUGAUGUCUAUCGAUGCGGCUUUAAUCCCAAAAACAAAAUCAAAGUAUACAUCUACUCACUGAAAAAGUAUGUGGAUGAGUAUGGGACGUCAGUGAGCAAUACUAUUUCCAGGGAAUACAAUGAGCUGCUGACUGCCAUCUCUGACAGUGAAUACUACACUGAUGAUGUCAACCGAGCCUGCCUUUUUGUGCCAUCCAUAGAUGUCCUCAAUCAGAACACACUCCGUAUCAAGGAGACAGCUCAGGCUUUGGCACAGCUGUCCAGAUGGGAUCGAGGCACAAAUCACUUACUCUUCAAUAUGCUGCCUGGAGGGCCACCAGAUUACAACACUGCACUGGAUGUUCCUAGAGAUAGAGCUCUGCUAGCUGGUGGAGGCUUUUCCACGUGGACUUACCGGCAAGGCUACGAUGUCAGUAUUCCUGUGUACAGCCCUCUGUCUGCAGAAGUGGAUCUGCCCGAAAGAGGACCAGGUCCCCGCAGGUAUUUCAUUCUGUCAUCUCAAAUGUCUCUGCACCCAGAAUACCAGUCUGAGUUGGAAGCUCUUCAGGCUGAGAAUGGGGAAUCGGUGCUGCUCCUUGACAAAUGUACAAAUCUGUCAGAUGGGGUCCCUGCUGUUCGCAAACGCUGUCACAACAAUCAAAUCUUUGAUUAUCCUCAAGUGCUUCAGGAAGCUACAUUCUGUGUUGUUCUACGUGGAGCACGCCUCGGACAGGCUGUACUGAGCGAUGUUCUUCAAGCCGGCUGUGUCCCAGUCAUUAUUGCUGACUCCUACAUCCUGCCUUUCUCUGAGGUUCUGGACUGGAAGAGGGCCUCUGUAGUCAUCCCUGAAGAAAAAAUGCCUGAAAUGUACAGUAUUCUGCAAAGUGUUCCCCAACGACAGAUUGAAGAGAUGCAAAGACAGGCAAGGUGGUUCUGGGAAGCAUAUUUUCGAUCGAUGAAAGCAAUCGCUCUUGCUACUCUUCAGAUUAUCAAUGAUAGAAUUUAUCCAUAUGCUGCCAUUUCUUAUGAAGAAUGGAAUGAUCCCCCAGCUGUGAAAUGGAGCAGUGUGAGCAAUCCACUCUUCCUUCCAUUGAUCCCACCACAGUCCCAAGGAUUCACAGCAAUUGUUCUGACUUAUGACAGGGUGGAGAGUCUUUUCCGAGUCAUCACCGAGGUGUCCAAAGUGCCCAGCCUGUCCAAAUUGCUCGUUGUCUGGAACAACCAGAACAAGAAUCCACCUGAAGAUUCCCUCUGGCCAAAGAUUCGUGUUCCUCUGAAAGUUGUUAGGACUGCAGAAAACAAACUCAGUAACCGCUUCUUCCCCUACGAUGAGAUCGAAACAGAAGCAGUGUUGGCUAUUGAUGAUGAUAUCAUUAUGCUAACCUCAGAUGAGCUCCAAUUUGGCUAUGAGGUUUGGCGUGAGUUCCCAGAUAGGUUGGUUGGAUAUCCAGGUCGACUGCAUCUUUGGGACCAUGAGAUGAACAAAUGGAAAUAUGAAUCUGAAUGGACCAAUGAAGUCUCAAUGGUGCUCACUGGGGCAGCAUUUUAUCACAAGUAUUUCAACUAUCUUUACACCUACAAAAUGCCUGGAGAUAUCAAGAAUUGGGUGGAUGCCCAUAUGAACUGUGAAGAUAUUGCCAUGAAUUUCCUAGUGGCAAAUGUCACUGGCAAAUCAGUCAUUAAGGUGACCCCACGGAAGAAGUUCAAAUGUCCAGAAUGCACAGCAAUCGAUGGGUUAUCACUGGACCAGACACACAUGGUGGAAAGAUCUGAAUGCAUCAAUAAGUUUGCCUCUGUCUUUGGGACCAUGCCUCUGAAAGUGGUGGAGCACCGUGCUGAUCCUGUUCUGUAUAAAGAUGACUUUCCUGAGAAACUGAAGAGCUUUCCCAAUAUUGGCAGCUUGUAAAGGCAGCUGUGAGACAAACCUGAGCACUGAAAACACCAGCAGAAGAGGUACUAAGAAGAAUGUAAGGCUCUGAAAGAAAGAAAAGGAAAAAAAAAAAGCUAGAGAGUGGGUUACAUCUGAGGGAGAUGGCAAUUAAUGUAUUCUGGUGCACUGUCCUCCUUUUAUAUUGCACUAAAUGUAGUGGAAAGCUGGACAACUCCUUCUCUGUUGCUUGUAGAGGAUUGAAUCUAUUGACAAGUCCUAUCAGAACUGUCAAACAAACAGCAAAGGAGGCUGUGCACCUGGGAGAAUAAAACUGAGUUUCUCUC